GUUCGUGUCGGACGUGUUUCGUGUAUCGUGUUGCUGCAACACGCUCAUUAUCACGCACGUGUUUUCGUGUUUGGAUAUCCUGUAUAUAUAUUCUAUAACCAGAUUUGACGUACCUUUGUCAGUGACGUCAUCGUUAGUGUUCAGACCUCGUACUUUGAUCAUUCACGCCCAGCGAUCCGCGGUAUUGUUGGGACUAACGCGAUCAAAACCUGGAAUGUUCGUGGUGACUGUGACUGUGAUUGUGUGAACCGAGACAAUGGAAAGACUCACUACGUUGACUCUUGCAGUUCUCCUUUUCUCACAAUGCGCGUGCCAGAGGUCUGCUGAUAAAAAAGGCCAAUACCGAUCGCCGCGUAUCACAGAGCACCCGUCCGACGUUGUGGUGCCUCGGAACGAACCCGUUACCCUCAACUGCAAGGCCGAGGGUCGACCUGAGCCAAGGGUCACGUGGUACAAGGACGGAGCACCCGUGGACGAGGCUAAGAGCCACCGGGUCAUCCUGCCUGCAGGCUCGCUGUUCUUCCUGCGGGUCCUGCACGGCAAGAAGGACUCGGACAGCGGUGUGUACUGGUGUGUGGCGACCAACGUGGCGGGGACUGUGGCCAGCAGGAACGCUUCUCUACAAGUAGCAGUGUUGAGAGAUGAGUUCCGCACAGAGCCGAAGGACACGAGGUCAGCGUUGGGUGAGAAGGUUUUGCUGCAGUGUGGCCCACCCAGAGGAACACCGGAGCCUGUUGUGCACUGGAGAAGAAACGGGGAACAGAUCAAUCUGGAGAUAUUUGACCGGAUGAGAAUAGUUGAUGGAGGCAACCUCCAGAUCUCCAAUGUUCAACUGAGUGAUGCUGGGAAGUACCAAUGCGUGGCUCAGAACUUAGUUGGCAUCAGGUACAGCGACAUCAUCACCUUGACAGUGCACAAGAAGCCGUACCUGAUCUCAGCACCACGCGAUGUUGUCACGGUGGCAGGGGAGAGUGUGGAAUUUGAGUGCGGAGUUGCGGGAGAGCCUCAGCCCCGUGUGUUGUGGAGACGACACGACGGACGUAUGCCUGUGGGGAGAGCUCACGUGUUAGAUGACAGAACACUGCGGAUAGAGCAGACCCAGCCUGGAGACGAGGGAGAGUACAUAUGUGACGCAGAGAACGACGUCGGAGCUGUCACUGCUAGAGCCACCCUUACUGUGCACGCGCCUCCAGAAUUUGUGGAGCGGCCGCAGGAUUUGAAGGUGGCAUUGAACGCUGAAGCCCGCCUGGAGUGUAUAAUCACAGGAAACCCAACUCCGACCACAUUCUGGAGCCGGGAGGAUAGUCAUACUCUUAUGUUUCCUGGACAGAACUACGGACACAUCACGGUCCAGGACUCCGGGACUCUGGAGAUCAGAGAAGUCCUGAGGGAAGAUUCCGGGUACUUUGUCUGCUCUGCUGUGAGUCUCGCCGGAUCUGCUUCUGCUAGAGCUUACUUACAGGUGGUAGUCAAAGAGGACCCGCUUCCUCCCCCUCCCCUAGUAGAGGUUGGACCGACCAAUCAGACGCUGCCUCCUCACUCCCCUCUGGUGCUGCCCUGUCAGGCUCGGGGACCCCAGAAUCUCCCCCCUCCGGACAUCCAGUGGUACAAGGAUGGAUUCCCUGUGGGCAAGACUAGUCCCAGAACCUCUGUGUGGCCAAACGGAACACUCUUUGUGGAGGACUUACAACAGAGUGACUCCGGACUAUUCACAUGCACAGCGAGUACAAACACUGGAGAGAGUUCUUGGACAGCGAUAGUGGUUGUCGACCCCCAGAUGGAGAUACAGAAUGAAACUUUGGACCUCACGCCACCCCCUGCAGCUCCUGCGGUCCCACAGAUUGUCAACAGUACGCAGAAUAGUCUGACAGUUGUGUGGAAACCUGCUGAUUCUGCGCAUAUCAGUGGAUACACAGUGCAGUACUACAGUCCAGAUCUACAGACCGGCUGGGUUACAGUAGCUAAGGGGUGGAAUUCUACCAUGCUCAAGGUAUCUGACCUGAGACCAGAUACAGGCUACAUGUUUGUGGUGAGAGCCGAGAUCGGAGAUGUGUUGUCAUUGCCGAGCGAGUUCUCUACCGUAACUCGGACAUUGAGCUCAGACAACUCGCCUCAACUGCAACUCGCCAGAACUCAGCUGUCUGCCAAACCCAGAGUUUUGCUCAAGCACAUUCAGGCUGUCAGCUCCACUGCCAUCACUCUUAUUUGGCAGAUUCCUGACCCCCAGUUUGUAGAAGGUUUGUACAUCAGGUAUAGAGACGAAACAAGAGGUUCGCAGGAAUUCCAAGUAUCGACUCUGCUGAACACAGAUGCCACGACUCACACACUGACGAGACUGCGCAAAUACUCCUUCUACCAGGUGUUCAUCGUGCCUUUCUACAGGUCUGUGCAGGGGUUCCCCUCUAACUCUAUGGAGGUGCAAACCAUGGAGGAUGUUCCGUCAGCUCCGCCGGAACACCUAGAGAUUGCCUGGGUCAAUAUUUCCUCUGCCUUCAUACACUGGUCUCCCCCUCCGCUACAACACUGCAACGGUCAUCUAUUGGGAUACGAGCUGAUGGUUCAAAACAGCCACCAUCGCCCUGUUAGGACUCUGCGACUGAAUGCCUCAGCAAUGUCAGUUCUGGUGAACAACUUGACUCAAGGACACAUUUACACUGUUAGUCUCAAGGCGUUCACUCGGAUUGGUCCGGGUCCUUCAGCACAGGUGCAGAGUCUUCGUGGCCCUGACGCCUACCGCAGCCUUGUAACUCCGCAGCUUUGGCUGGUGUUGACUGCGGCUGUUGCUGCGGUUGUGUUGGUGACUGUGUUGGUUGCUGCGUUCUACCUCCGCAGACGCACAAAGCAGAUAUCCCACCUCUCAGCGGUAAACGUCUCCGACCUCCCUCGGCUGGGUCUGAUGGGAGGAGUCAAGGAGGCUCUGUGGAUAGAAGUUCCUCAUGAACAUCCUCGCAAGCAUGUCACCUUGGAGGGUAGUGACUACGCGGAAGUCGACACACAACAUCUCAGUAGCUUCUACGGAGGGAGAGACGUGUGUAGUCCGACACCUUACGCAACGACCAUCCUUGUGCCGAACAACAGACAGGACAGCUGCAGUGAGACGGGACCUCUCAUAGUCCCUGUGUCAAGCUCCUCAUCCGGGACUAAGACAUCCACAUCCGGGGACUCUUGGCUGAGACAGGAGCAGAACAAGUCCACAUUGGAGAUCCGAGAGGCAGAAAAGCGGUGUCAGCAGUGUACAGUGAAGGAGACCUCGACUAACUGGACAGCCUUUCUACCCCCUCCUCCUCAACACCCUCCCCCUCCAAGACCACAGGGUAUAUGCGGAGGCAGUCCACCAAUGUCCAAGAAGAGUCUUGGCACUUGCAGCCAUCACUCGAGAGACAGUAACCUUGGCUUAGCUCUCUACGCUCAGUGCUGGCAGGCCAAUCAGGCACCCAGUUUCCCUUCCGGCUACCACACAGGCAGCAGCAACAACAGUUCCUGCAAAUGCCACCAGAAUGCUCCUGUGUGUCGGAGUCAAUCUCAGGACAAUUCCCUCGCUAGCAGACAUCACGACCACAUCCACAGGCACGAACACAACCACUGUCCUUGCUGUUGUCAGAUGACUGAUAAAAAUACUCACAGACACAUUCCAACUGUAUCUGGAGACAGAGCAUGGGAGGAGGCCAGCUACAGCAGUGUUAGUUGUUCCUGCAGCGAAGACACAACUUCAUGUUCCUACUGCCAAAACAAAGCUCAAGAUUGUGAUGCACACUGAUAUUAUGUUUUGGAUCCUGUACAUUCUUGACAAGAUGGUGAUCCUCUCGCGGCCAUGUCAGAAACCUCAGAAAUCAACACAAUCUAGUUAAGACUGUAUAAACUGUUGUAUACGUCAUGUAAUUGCCGAUAGUCUGUGAUAAUAACCUAUGUAAGUGUUAACAAAUUUGUAGUUUAAUGUUUGUUUGCAUAUAUUUGUACUUUUAUUUAUUAAAAUAUUGUGGAUGAA